AUGAGUAACAAAACGAAAAGCACAUCUCCGUCUUCAAAGAAAAUCGAUAAAGAGAAUCGAUUAGAGGCAAAAACCCUACUUUCGACCAAAGCCGUUCUCCUCUCUUUGCUCUUUUCUCUAAUUUUUGCUUCAGCAGGCACAUAUUUAUUUGCAAAGCCACUCAUUGAUCCGGUUGCGUACAGUUUACCUGAAGUGCCAGUAUUUGAAGGUGGCUUGAAAAGAAAUGAGAAGCUGGGCAAAGCGGAGAAGUUACUCUUGGAUCAAAUCUAUGGCCCAGAAUCCUUAGCCAUUCAUCCGAUCACCGGCCAUUUAUGGGCUGGCCUAAAGACUGGGUUGAUCUGUGAGAUUGCGAUUGGCUUUGAUGAAAAGGUGGAAAUCAAGCGAGCCGUCAGUUUGACGAAUUUCACCGAUUGUGAUGGAUCGUAUUCCACUCAACCCCGUUGUGGGCGCCCGCUUGGGCUCCGAAUGACCCCAAAAGGAGAGCUAUUAGUGGCCGAUGCCUACUUGGGAUUGUAUAUAAUCGAUUUGGAUAAAGAAAAAGUCUCUAAACUAUUCGGGAGUGGCUCGGAAGUGGGAAACGAUUUGACGAGGCCCACUCGGUAUCUCAACGACUUGGAUGUGUUGCCCGAUGGAAGGAUUGUGGUUUCGGAAAGUAGUCAUCGCUUUGAUGAUCGUGAUUUCAUUCUUGAUCUCUUCGAGCAUCGACCGAAUGGAAGGCUUUUGACGUUUAAACCACAAAUUGGAGAAAUUCGAGCUUUGAAAAAAGAUCUCUAUUUCCCGAAUGGAGUCCAAGCGAUCGGUGAUUACGUUUAUUAUUCAGAGAUGGGAAUGGCCAGGAUUCAGAAAAUCAACUGCAAGAAUCUCGAAGUAACGACAGUUGUUGAUGGGCUGCCCGGUUAUCCAGACAAUAUUCGGCUUGACCCGCUCGGUCAACUCUUGGUUCCCAUUCCAACAAUGAGAGACAAUUUUGACGCCUGGCUGGCCGAGAGGCCAAAGUUGAGGGGAUUUUUGACAAAGGUUCUCUCUCCUAGAAUGCUUACUUUCAUCGCGGUGGUUGACGUGCUGGCUGUCGAUGUGGAGGCGGUUGAUGACGAGGAAGCGGUUGAUGUGGACGCGGUGGACGCGGUGCUGGUGGUGGCCGUGGUCGACGAGCAGAGUGAGCAACUUGACGGGCAA